AUGGAGCAGAGACUCGUGCUCAUUGCAACUCUGUUUUCUUUGCUUUGUUUCCUUCCUGUUUCUUCAGCCCGCAAGGAGGGACAGAAAUGCAUCAAGAACAGUGACUGCGACGCAGGAUUGCACUGCGAGACUUGCGUUGCAGACAACAAUUUUGUGCCAAAGUGCACGAGGGUAAAACCCACAAGUCCAAUAUCUGAGGUGAAAACGCUGCCGUUUAACAAGUAUUCUUGGUUAACAACCCACAAUUCGUUUGCGAUACUCGGGCAGAAGUCGGCCACGAAAUCUGUGAUUUUGGCUCCGACGAACCAGCAGGACUCCAUUACCGAUCAGCUCAAUAAUGGUGUUAGAGGCUUAAUGUUGGACAUGUAUGACUAUUUAGGUGACAUUUGGUUAUGUCACUCGUACGGUGGCCAAUGCUACAACUACACAGCUUUUCAACCUGCCAUUGGAGAACUAAAAGAAAUUACGGCAUUUCUUGAAGCAAACCCGUCUGAGAUUGUGACGAUUAUAAUUGAAGACUAUGUUACAUCACCAAAGGGGUUGACAAAAGUGUUUGAUGCUGCUGGUUUGAGAAAAUUCUGGUUUCCAGUUUCAAGAAUGCCCAAAAGGGGUGGAGAUUGGCCAACAGUUGCUGAUAUGAUCCAGAAAAAUCAGCGUUUGCUAGUCUUCACUUCCAAGCAAAGAAAAGAGGCUGAUGAAGGCAUUGCUUACCAGUGGAGUUAUAUGGUAGAAAACCAAUAUGGAAAUGGUGGCAUGAAAGCCGGAUCAUGUCCAAACCGUGCGGAAUCAUCAGCCAUGAACACAACAACGAGAUCAUUAGUCCUAGUGAACUAUUUCCGAGAUACCCCAACCCUCCCUCAAUCUUGCAAAGAUAAUUCAGAUUCGUUGCUUAACAUGGUUAAUACCUGUUACAAUGUGGCUGGUAAAAGAUGGCCUAACUUCAUUGCCGUUGAUUUUUACAAGAGAAGCGAUGGUGGCGGUGCUCCUAAAGCUGUAGAUGUGGUAAAUGGUCAUUUAGUUUGCGGGUGUGCAAGCAUCGCCGAUUGCAAGGCGAAUGUGAGCUACGGAACCUGCCCACCUGAGGCUGCUACAGUCCCGGAAGGUGCACCAGAAACGAGUGAUAGUAGCUUUAGUUACUCAAACAGAGGGCCAGUGUUGUUUGGAACUGUUCUUGUGAUCCUUUACUUCUUAUUGUCAGUGUAGAUUUUAUAACCUGAACUAUGAACUAUUUAUUCUCUUCUAUGCAUUACAUGCUAGCAAACAGGCAAUUUGGAAUUCGUAGUAGUGAUU